UUCCGAGAAGGCAGUGAUGUGCCGGCCUUUGGUUGGCUUUUGGAGCUUGUCGGACGUUUUGGUGCCCAUCAAAUUGGGUCCUAGCGGCCAGUGUUUUGAUCAAUAUUAUGGAUUUUUUUAUUCUAGGUUUGACAUUCUACACGGCAGUCAUCAUGAGCUUUUUUCAACUCCUGAUGAAAAAGAAGGAGCUCAUUCCUUUGGUGCUGAUUACGAGUGUCGCAGCGGGCGGAGCCUCAUCUUUUGCUCUAUAUUCCCUUCGAAAAACUGAUGUGAUUGUUGAUCGAAAAAGAAAUCCAGAACCUUGGGAAGCUGUGGAUCCUAGUGUACCUCAAAAGCUGAUAACAAUCAACCAACAAUGGAGGCCCAUUGAAGAGUUGCAGAGUGCCCGAAAGGCAUCCAGAUGACCAGACGUCACCUCCUUCUUCCAAAGAGUACUCUAUGAAUCUAGCGGAAACACUUUCGCACAAACUAGAUUAUGGAUACAGUGUGCGGAAAUGCUUCUGCUGCAUUUUUAGGGUUUACCUGCAUUUUGGACUUUAAAUAAGGAAUUAAAGACAGUACAGCAAUAACCACAUAGUCCAAAAUUAAAUUUGUGUUUAUUUUCUUGUUGUAAAUUUGAAUGUUGCAUGUUGAAAUUUUUAUGUUUAUGGUAGCUGAAUGUUUUCCUUGAAAAGUGUAAAGAUUUGUAAAUUAGAUUGUCACCUUAAUAAAGCGCCAUUUGUGUAAGGUUUCUUUUUGUUAGAUGCAUGUUUAAAUGGAAGAGAAAAUCUUUUUAUGGGGAAAAAACACAUUUUGAAGCAGAAAACUUACAGCUUUUAAAUAAUACCCACUGUAAACUUUUGUGUACUUUUCUUCUAAGUUCAUUCAUUCACCAGAAAUGUAUUGAGCACCGACUGUGUCCAAGGCACUGCUCUUACGCAGGCAAGAUAAAGCAAUGAACAAAACCAAAAUGUGGAAGGAUAUAAAUAAAAGAUUGUAAGUACUAUAGAAGAAAAUGAAGUGGAGGUGGGGGUGUGAGAUUUGCAUGAGGAUUGGUCUUGGAGGGAGUGCCGGGACUCAGGUGGUGAACAGGAAUGAGGGGUAUGCUGAGACUGGCCCUAAAAUGCCAAGGGCCAUAAUGGUGAUGCUCCUCUGAGGGCUGAGGGAGCAGAGGAUGGGGAGUUUUGCCAGUACCCUGGGGCCACUCUUCACUCUGGCCAAUGGUAACUUGGAAGCUGCGGAAGUUGCAGUCAUACCCAGCAUGCUCCUGGGAUCAGCCUUGACUGUCGUUCUAGAUGGGACCAAGUAGAAAGUUGCUUUUCAUUAUUUUUUUUUUUUAAUUGAGACAUAAUUCAGAUAUCAUAGUUUUCAUCCUUUUAAAGUAUACAAGUUUUUAGUAUAGUCACAAAAUUGUGUGACUACCUCCAUUAUCUAACUCUAGAACAUUUUCAGCCUCCCAUAAAGAAACCCCAUGCCCAUUAGCAGUCACUCCCAUUUCUCUCUUCUCCCAGCUCCUGGAAAACACUAAUAAACUUUCUGUCUUUAUGGAUUUGCUUUUUCUGAUGUUUCGUGUAAUACAGUAUGUGGCCUUUGUGUCUGCUUUUACUUCGCUUAAUGUUUUCAAGCCUCAUCUAUGUUGUAGCGGGUAUCAGCACUUCAUUCUUUUUUUAUGGUUGAAUAAUAUUCCGUUGUAUGGAUAUGCCACAUUUUUUAAUUCAUCGGUUGAUAGACUGUCGCAGCGGGGACGGUUGUCAGGACGGCGAAGACAGUAACCAACUGCACAACUCUUACAGAGAAGUGGGGCCAGGAGGGUCAGUCUGAGGAGUCAACCCUGGCUUUAGUCUCAGGAGUUUAUUUAUAGUCAAUACAGCAAGCAGUGAAGCAAAUAACAGAACAACGGGCUUUGGGUGAGUAACAAUAAGUUU